CUCGCUCUCCCAUUGGCUCCUGUCUGCAAACACGUCACAAUCAUGAUUAGAAUUGAUGAUCUGACGUCUGAUUUCAUUGUCUAGCAACGGGGACUGGGGGAGAGAAAUCUGCUUGAAUUUGGAAGCUUCGUCUGAAUUGAUCACAGCAAUGUCUUUGGUGCACUGAGACAGGAUGAGGAGAAGCUGGCUGCUGACAACAUAAAAAUAUGGAGGCUUUGCUGUGAUCACCAUGACGGCUUCAUCGCCAUCCAGUAGCAGCAUGGAUUCAUGGCCACAAAGGCGUGGCCUUCAGACUAUGAACCUGCGGUCAAUAUUCACAGCAGACCAGCAGAGAAUCCUCGAACGUUACUAUGAUAACGGUAUGACCAAUCAGAGCAAGGCUUGCUUCCAGCUAAUUCUGCAAUGUGCUCAGGAGGCCAAACUGGACUUCAGUGUUGUCCGGACAUGGGUUGGUAACAAAAGACGGAAAAUUGCCUCCAGAGUAGACCAGAAUGGAUGCCUGUCGCAUCCCUUACCGAGUCAUGGAAUGGCUGGGGGACUGCUGUCCAAUCACACAUUAGCUGGGGGAGCUCUACCCAAUCACGGGCUGUCAGCGGCAGCAUUGCUGCCUGCUGAAAUCACUGCUGCCCGCAACAUCCAGAAUCGUGCUCACCUUCUCCCUACAGCAUCCACUUUCCCCACUUUUUCGACAUCAUCUUGCUCUGCUUCCUCUCCUCCUCCUCUCAGUAGUGGGAACAACAACAACAACAAUAAUGAUGAUGUCAUACUGACUGGUAUCUAUUCCCUCAACUCCAACACUUGCUCACGACCAAAACACACCGCCUCUGUGCCCCAGUCAGAGUCUGCUUCAUCCCUGAUUGGCCAGACCCUGCAGAACAGAACCAGCUCCAGUUCGUCACCUCUCCACUCCAAACUUGUGUCACUCUCUCAGAAUCCACCAUUCACCUCUGCCUCUGCAUCUCUAGUUUACGCUGCUGGAAGGGACAUGAAGGCAAGUCUGUCCCUCAGGGAUGUAGCAUUGACGGCAGGAGCUGGAGGGCUCCCUCCGAGCUGGUCUCGACCGUUUGGUGUUGCACAGACUCGCCCAUGGUCAUCCUCUGUUCAGUCCCAAGCUCAGCUUCAACCCAGCUCGAGCACCAAUACCCAACCACCACCACCUCUUCCACAAAGGACUCUGCUCUCCCUCCCACUCAAAAACUCUGGCCCAACCUAUGAGCAGACACCAUGUAUCCGAAAGGUGUUUACCUUAGCAGAUAGAGGUGAAAGCAGCAGAAGUAAGCCCGGACUUGGUUGUACUCUGAAAGGCCAGGAGAUCGAGAGGCCAGUUUCACACACUUUGGAUAUGAGUCAUAACUUCUCUAUUGCCAUGGAAACCGCAGAUGAGGAAAAUGAGUGGCAAAGGGAAGAAGAACUGGCGAAUAUGGCUGCUCAGAAUAACACCAGUCAGGAGCAGAUGUCUUUAGUCAAAGGAAACCAGUCAUUGGCCCCGGCCAGCUCCAAAAACCUUCUUCACAGCAACUCAUCUUAUCAAGGAAACUGCUUGCUCGCACAGACCUCACUUUCUGAGGAGGCCAGUUUACAGACUUCAGUCAGUGCUGCCCCUUGGGUUAUCAGCAACUCCAGAAAGAGAACUUUGCAGGAUCGGACACAAUUCAGUGACGGGGAUCUCAUUCAGCUGAAGCGCUACUGGGAAAGGGGAAUGACCAGUCUGGGCUCAGUGUGCAGGGAAAAGAUUACGGCUGCAGCAAACCAGCUCAAUGUAGACCCUGAAAUAGUCAAGACAUGGAUCAGCAACAGACGAAGAAAGUACCGUCUGAUAAAUAUUGAAAUACCACCACCUAAAGGCGGGCCUGCUGUUUUCACAAGCUUGAGCUCCCCAGGGAAUGAAUCUCCAGUGGUGUUCAGCCCGAACGAGGAUCAACUCAGAACACCUGAACUUGGUGAUGACUUAAAUGACAGCCUUGGCCUCUCUGAAGAUAGCAACAUUGACUCAGUCCAUAGGGAAGAAGAAGAAGCAGAUGUGACCAUUGCUGCACCACUGGCCAAUAAUGUGAAGGUCGAAGUAGUUGAUGAGGAUGAAGAGGACGAUUAUGAUGAGAGUGACAUAGUGGCCUCAGAUCUAGAGCAAAUGCAAAGCUUGCUUGAAUUCAAGCAUGAGGAAGUGCAGUUUUUAGAGAAUGAGCUAGAGAACCAAAAACAAAAAUACCAGGACCUUGCAACCUUCACGAAGAGGCUGCUCAUCGCUGUCAGAAAUAAUGAUGUGGAGAAACAGCUGGAACUCAUAGCCAGUCUACCUCAGGCUUCGGACCAGGUCUGGGACAUGACCAUGGACAGAGGAGCUCUGCCUGAUGUUGUGUCGGAAGACAAGUCAUCCAACUACAACGUAACCUUGACAACCAAUGCAACAGGCUGUGUUGAACCUGCGAUCGAAGAAGUCCCCCUGGUCCACAUUGAAGAAGACGUUUCCUUUAAAGUUACUGAGCCCUCUGUAUCAGAGGAGCAAAUGCAAGACGUACAAGAACAAGUUUGACUAUUUCAUCUACUUAUUUUAAACCGAGGUUACUUGCUAUUCAUUAUCACAAACAUGCUCGGCGCUCAGUGCCUGUGGAUUGAAGCUUCACUACUUUUGGGCUAACAAUUCAUUUUUUAUUGCAUAUCAUUUGUCUUGCUGUGGUUCACUCUGAAGAAUAUAUAAAAUAAGAACCUAAUCCAACUUA